UCGUAAUAUUUUAUUGCAUAAGGUGAGAUGGUAAGUGUGGAUGGUGGUGCGGGUCGUGGGGGCAGGUUGGCACGUCUAGAGGCUGCUGAUCGCGACGCCGGAUUCAGGAUGGCAAUGAACCCAAUAUUCCGCCGGGCAAUGGCCCUAACCCUUCAGCAGGUUAUCCGUCAACACUCAUCUGCAUCCACACUAUCAAAAAUUGGUAAUCGUGAAGUUGUUGGAUAUGGUUUCAAUGGUACACCUGUAUAUGUUGAUCGUGUUGAUUUCCCCAUGCCAGCCAUCCGCUACAAGGAAAACACCCCAGAUGUCCAGGCUUUGCGUGAAAAGGAGAAAGGUGACUGGCACAAACUGACCUUGGAAGAGAAGAAAGCAUUGUACCGUGCUUCUUUCUGUCAAACCUUUGCAGAAAUGAAGGCACCUACAGGAGAGUGGAAAUCAGUGCUGGGGAUAUCAUUAAUGCUUUGCUCAGUAGCUAUUUGGGUUUACAUGUGGAUGAAAGUAUAUGUAUACUCUCCGCUUCCUGAUUCUAUGAAACCUGAAAACCAGGAAGCCCAACUAAAGAGGAUGAUUGGCUUGCGUGCAAAUCCAGUUCAGGGCAUUUCAUCACACUGGGACUACGAAAAGGGUGAUUGGAAGUAAAUGUCAACUGAAGAUAAUUAGCACCGAUUAAUAAUUAAAAAGACUUCAUUUGCCCUGAGUUGAGCAGAUGACCAUCAUAAUACCUUGCAGUACCUGGUUGAUUACAAAAGUUAGCUUAAUUAUCUUAACCAUCAAAGAUUUAUUAUUCUUGAUCAAAGUACAUAAUGUAACAUCUCAUUUCAUCUCUUGCAUUGAUAUCACAGCUUCCCGUUUGGUGCUGCUUCAUAUUUGACGCACUAGAUGUUUUGCUGUCGUCCCCCAUUUGAUCCUCAUUUCAUUUCCCUUAUUGUCCAUUUUUGGCACACGUCAAUAAACUUGCAUGGUCAGGAGGAACGUACAGGGAUUGUGUUAAGACAUUAAACUUGGUGCAUCAUUUAGUUGUAAAUAUAUAUUGUAGAAAUGUGACUUGUCAAUGGCCAACCAGUCAGGGAGAAUUAAUUUCUUAACUGUAAAUAAGAUAUUUAUGUCACUGUCAACUGUGCAAGUAAAUGGUGACCUUUU